GCCGCAAAGGCUAUUAAAUUUGUUUAUUUUGUAAAUUGUUGUUUUUAUAUUUUAUGUUAUAUUAUUUUAUACGCACUUGAAGUGUGUGUGUGUUACAUAUUCUAGUCUUAAGUUUCAUAAAUAAGUAAAGAAGGCCAUUUCUAUAAUAUCGACAAAAAUAAAUGUGCCAUAAAUUACUUGUUUUGUGAUUAAGUUUUACUAAAAGGUGCUGUUAAGUUAUUAGACGAUUAGGUUACGUUGUAGACGGCUUAAGAACGCUGUACGAAGGAAAAUAAUGAUGGUUAAAUCAAUUAAAACUCAAUUUAAUUAAAUCCCGCCAUUUUGUAUUGUGACUUCUUGUUCCAAGUUGGAACAUAAUAAACUUAGGAAUUCCUAUAAGAUUCUAGAUAGAAUUUCGUAAUGUCUAAAUUAAAAAGCCAGAAAAAUUGGGAGAAAAUUUCGAAUCCCACUAUCCCAACAAAGAAUCUAAGUGGGAAGUAUGAAAAAUGUAGGCACAUAACAGAAGAAAUCUACAAAAGAAUUGAAAUAACAUUUAAAAUUAAGAAGUUGGAGGCAAGAACGCAUAGCGAGUUAUCUGAGGAGAGUGACCAAAUCGACAGCCUUGGCAAUGAAACAGAUCUGUUUGCUUGUGACAAAUCAUCUCUGCCAAGCAGUACAGAGGUGGAAAAUAUGGAACUGGGAAGUGUUGCCUGCGAGAAGUACAUCAACAACAAUAACAAUGAAGAGACCAAAUUUAAAAAGACUGUGGUUCCGUAUAAGAGGCCCAAGAAGAGGUUUCGGAAGCGUGCAAAGAAACAACACAAGCCGAUAAUGGAUUCGGAUGGAUCAAGCGACGAGGGGGUGUCAUGUAACCGCGUGGUUGACAUUGGUGUCGUGCGAGGAGUGUCGCCGCCUGCCUCACUGGAUAAUGUGAUGGGGAUUCCGAAUAUUGUAAUCGUUGCUUGUGGUAAGGUGGAUUGCCUGUUGUUGUACACAGCACUAGAGGUGUUCGCAACGACUAUAUAUUGAAAUCACGUUAUAACGAUACGCUAUUUUUAA